UCAUUGUUUUCACAGAUGUUACCUAGACAGCAAAGAGCAGAAGGCAAUUUCUCUUCAGUGGUGGGAUUUGUUCUCCUGGGAUUUUCUGAUCUUCCAAACCUCCAGGGGCUCCUAUUUGGAAUUUUCUCUCUUAUGUACACAUUUAUCAUUAUAGGAAAUGGUAUUAUCAUGAUAAUUACAGUGGUAGACUCUGCUCUUCAGACCCCCAUGUAUUUUUUUCUUGCAAAUUUUUCCUCUCUGGGAGUCUGUUAUGUGUCAGUCACUGUCCCCAGGAUUCUGGUGAACCUUUGGACUCGGAAUCGAAGCAUUUCUUUGCUGAGCUGUGCCACCCAAAUGUGCUUUUUCCUUAUGCUGGGAUCCACUGAAAGUUUCCUCCUGGCUGUAAUGGCCUAUGACCGCUAUGUGGCCAUUUGUAACCCUUUGCUGUAUCCUGUGGUCAUGAACCAAAAGGUGUGUACCCAGCUGGCAGUUGGCUCCUGGAUCAGUGGAAUUCCAGUUCAGAUCGGGCAAACAUUUCAGGUGUUCUCACUGCCUUUCUGUGGUUCUAACCAAAUCAACCACUUCUUCUGUGACAUCCCCCUAUUGAUCAAGCUGGCCUGUGGUGACACUAAACGUAAUGAGAUUUGUGUCUAUUUAGUUUUCAUAUUAUUUUCCACGAUUCCUUUUGUGUUGAUACUAAGCUCUUAUUUCAGAAUCAUCUCCACCAUCUUAAAGAUGCCCUCAACCGCAAGUCAGUUCAAAGCUUUCUCCACCUGUUCCUCCCACCUCAUAGUUGUGGUUUUAUUCUUUGGUCCUGGUACUAUCACCUAUUUAAGGCCCAAAUCAAAUCAUUCUGCAGGAACUGACAAGAUGUUCUCUCUUUUCUACAUCUUUGUGACUCCACUGUUCAAUCCCAUCAUAUACAGCCUUAGGAACAGGGAUGUGAUUGCAGCACUGAAAAGAUUAUUACCCAAGAGAACAGACAGAAGAUCUUUGUAG